GUGACAGCAGCAUUGGGUCUGAUCAAAGUAACUGUUUAUUUGGUGCAGUUUAGUCUCCUCUCUCAAGGAGAAUAUUAAACACAAUUACCAAUAACUGACAUGAAGGUCGAUUUGCCGUGCAUGGAUCAUAAAAGGAGUGGUCACAGAGGGACAAUCGCUAUAAGUGGAAGUUUCCUAACUUCUGUAUUUAAGUACACCUUUGCCUAAGAACGCAUUAGUGCAACACUGUUCUUCAUUUAGAACUAACCCCUGCCAGUUGGCUGUAGAAAACCACCUACUGCUCUCGGAGAUGAGGUUAACAAGAUACAUCACGAUGAUCAAGUUGGAAAUGCUACUGAAUGUCAUCUUUGUUUCGGGUGGUGAGGGAUCCUGUGCUGCAGCCCUUAAUGCAUCUAUGCCAAACAAGAUGGAGGCAUUGAGCGACACUUGUUUGCAAAUUCCAUGUUCAUUUGAUUCCGUACCAUCAAAUCAAUUCGAUAAAAACAAACCCAUUUUGAGUGCAUGGUUCAGAUCAACCACCAAUGUUAAAAAUGUGGUUUUUUACAGCAACUUACAAAAAAAUAUAUAUCCAAUUAGUAUCAUUGGGAAUAUGACAGAAUACAACUGCACAACUGUUUUUACAAACAUAAUCAGAAGUUAUGCUGACGUGUAUUACUUCAGAGUGGAAAGCCCCAGUUUCAGGGCAACUGACAUCUGCAAUCCUCUUACAAUCACAGUUAAAGGUAAGAGAACCCGUUUGGUUUGGGUUGUCUAUUUUUUGAAGGCAGCAAUUAUUAUAAUUAUUUGGAUUCCUAUUUCCAUGAUUAUGAAAAUGUUAGACCUUCAGCUACGUCCUGAUUAGUCAGAGAUACUUGUUAUCCUUGUAUAGAAUUAAAGUAUAGAUAACAGAGAAUUGUAUUUUGAUUUUAAAGGAAUGUUUAACCAAUGUUUUAUGCCGUCAUAUAUAUAUACAGUCAUAAAUAAUACUUAUUGUGGACUAUGGGGUCAGACACACUUCGUUUCCCUGAUAGAAUCUUUAAUGUGUUUACGAUGAUUAUUCUCCCCUCUGGAAUACACUGGUGAACACUGAAGAUGCUGCAUUCAUUCAUAUGGAUAUUAAACCUACAUUUCAGCCUAAAACAAAUGUUUCUUAAAAACAACCACGUAGAUUCAGCCCCAGCACCCUCCAUACAGACCCUCCAGGAGGGACCACUAACGGAGGGGAGCAGGGUAACGUUCACCUGCAGGGCCAUCGCACCCUGUCCCACCCAGCCGCCUCACCUGAGCUGGAACCAGUCAGGAGGUCCUGAGGGCCGGCCGGAACCGCACGGAGACCAAGAGCCUAACGUCAGGACCCGGCGGCUGGAUAUCACUCUGUCGGACCGACAUGACGGGGUCCGCCUCACCUGUCUGGCAGAGUAUCCCGUGAACAACUCAGCAGGCGGGCCCAGCAUCAGAACAGCAGAGAGCGUUGUGACGCUCAACGUUUCCUAUUCCCCGAAGGAUACGCAGGCCUCCGUCAGCCCCCCCACGGUGUCGCUGGGCAGUGUGGUCAACCUGACGUGCACCAGCAGAGCCAACCCCCCCGUUCUCCGGUUCACCUGGUUCAGGAGCAGUGCGGAGGGACCCCUGAACGUGUCAGAUGGAUCUUUAUACAGCUUCAAUGUGUCCAGCUACAGAGGAAUCUACUACUGCGUGGCCACGAAUCCCUCGGGAAACCAAACAUCAAAAGAGAUUACGCUGUCAGCGGUCAGCGGUGAAAGCGAUGGAUUGAAUGUCCCUCUGAUAGUUGGUGGAUUCUUUGGAACCGUCUUCUUUAUUGGUCUGAUCAUCUGUGUCCUGUGGUUACUGAAGAAACGUUCAACACAGCAACAGAAUCCAAUAUUCGAGGCGUCAGACAAGCAGGUGGAAGAGGAGAUCCACUACGGAGAGAUCGACUUUGCCAAGCGAGGUGCUGUGCAGAACCCGGUGUUCCCCCAGGGGGAGGAGCAGACCUCAGAGUACGUUGAGAUCACUGCUCAACAGGCUAAGAACUCACAGAUCAGGGCUGAACUGGAGAGGAGCUGAAUAGUUUGGACUGGGAUCUCUUUAGUAUCCACUCAUGUAUUGUCAGUGUAAACAUAUCCUGCUUCAGCACCCAUGGCACCCUUUAUGCUUUUUGGUCUCCAAGGCACCCAAUAAACCAAAACAAAAGUUUGUACGACUCCCUGCUUGGUUCUGUUUAUGAAAUCAACAGCACAACAAAUGUUAGGAAAGGCCACUUUUAUAAAAUGCUGCAAAGAAACAGCAGGAUGCAUUUCAUUACAUUUUUUUCCAAAGUGCCCCCUCUUCAAAGUGGAAAAUAUUCAAAUGUGAAUAAGUGGGAGGGAACAACUCCACCCAUUGGAGGGCAGGUAUGUCCACAGCGGACGAGGAUGUGAUGUGAAGGGUGACAACGAUUUUAAAGUUCAGCCAGUUACCCAUGGGUGGAGUUUGUCCCACCCACUCAUUUGCAUUUUAAUAUUGUCUACAUUGAAGCGUGCCAUAAUUUGAAUAUGCAAACGCAAACAGUUGUAACUUUUAUUUGUAUAUUGUCCACAUUUAAGCAGACAUUUUUUUAAAUGUAAAGAGAUAGCAUUUUAUUGUAUA